UUAUGUUACAACAUUCUACUCUUUGUACAGGUUCGUGUCGUGCAUUGCUGAUAAUUGCUUCAGGAUGGGUCCCAAGCCGAAGCGCGCCGCAUCGGCCGGUUCUUCGUCAUCUACGGGGUCAUCAGGUCCUCCUCCUAAGAAGUCAACUCGACCAAGCAACCCAGCUGAUGAAUCGUCGUGGUGCACGGAGUGCUGGAAGCACCCGGACGACAAGUGUACCGGCGGAAAACACCCCGUGCUCCCCUUUGAGGAGGCCAAGCUCGAGGCCAAGAAGGCCCUGAGCGAAGCUCACCAGGCGUGGAAGAGCCAGCAGAAGCGGGUCGACGCGAUUGAAGAGGCCGGCGAGCCCACCGUCCUGAAGCUCCGCAUCCCUGCUGGGGAGGAAGAAGAUGAUCUCUAUCUGGAUGGGGGGUCGAUGAUCAUCAGGAUGGCCGUCACCGGCACCCUCACUCAACAAGAGAAGAAGAAUGUCAUUAAAGCCAUGAAGGGGAAGCCGAUGCUAUUUCAACUUGAUUAUUACGAGCAUGAUCAGGACGAGAAGACGGAAAUGGCCGCGCAGGGUACACUCGACGCGACGCGCAUGGCGUCGGUCCUGGAGAAGCUCCCUCUGUGUGUGUUGGGCCAGAAGCUGCCAGAGGGCUCGAUCCUGUACUACCCUGAUGAAAAGUACAAUUAUGAGGUGUAUGACGAAUCCUUGUACGUAAACAAAAGCCAUGUGAAGAGCAAGGUUCGUGUGUUUGGACGGGUGACGAACGAUUUCAAUCUACGUGCUGAGAGAGAUGAUGCAUCAUACAUGGGCAGUCAUCCUAAGGGCCACAUCGCUUGUGAAGAUCCAGUCGAGGUUGAGAUCGAGGACGUACAGUUUGUCGAUAGGUCGCAGAUGAAAGCCCCUUGCUCUCCUCCCGAAAGAGACUAGUAGCUCUCCGUGUCUUAGUCACUUCACUACAAAAUCGAAAUUUUCUUUAGCGUUAAUUUCUUUGUCAUUGAAGGCCGAAAAGACAGGUAGAACAAAGAUAUUUCUGUUACCUCUACGAUUGAUAAAUUUCCCGUUUGUGUAAAUUUAUUUUCAAUUCGAUGCAGGCCAAUAAUAAAGCUCAAAUGAAAAUUGAAAAAAA